GACAUAUUUUCCAAUGUACGAAUAAAAUCUGUCACCCGUGAGAGAAAACAAGACCCACGCACAAUCCAACAGAGUGAUGACGUUGAAAGUCCUUGGCUGAUCUGUCCGCUCGGUAGAUGCAGUGAAAUGGGUGCGUCACGCAAUGUGGGCGGAGAGGGAGAGAAGAGCCGCGGAAACAGACAUAUCCAGAAACGGUGACUUGUAGAGAGCAAGAAUCCCUAAACGAUUCCCGAGCCCGUUCGGCACUGGAACCGUCGUCGUCUACAUGCUCCCGGGACCCAUUUCUAGGCUUGGAAAAUCCAUCGCCAUAACGCUAACAUUACCCAUCAUCGCAGGGUUUAUGCAACUGUGUGUUCUGUUUCACGCCAGGGUUGCUUGCAUGUGCGAGGUGUUUUGCCGCUCUCGCUUUUUAGUACUCUUUUGCGCGUUAGAGAGUUAGACAAGUAGCGGAAGGAUGAGAGGAAUCGGUGGCAUUGCUCGGCAGCUCCAGCGGUUGGCAGCGCAGAGAGAUGGCGCACGGAGACAGCUCACUACAGGGCCGGCUGUUUUUGUGGACAAGACGACGAGAGUGAUUUGCCAGGGGAUUACAGGGAAGAAUGGGACGUUUCACACGGAGCAAGCGAUUGAUUAUGGCACUAACAUGGUGGGAGGUGUGACGCCGAAGAAGGGCGGGACGGAGCAUUUAGGCUUGCCCGUGUUUAACACCGUGGCGGAAGCGAAGAAGGAGACGAGAGCGAAUGCAUCGGUUAUUUACGUGCCCGCGUCGCUGGCGGCGAAUGCGAUCUUGGAGGCUCUGGAUGCAGAGCUGGAUUUGGUCGUGUGCAUCACGGAGGGUAUUCCGCAGCACGACAUGGUGAAGGUGAAGUCGGCGCUGCUGCAGCAAUCGAAGACGCGGCUGAUCGGGCCUAAUUGUCCUGGUAUCAUCAAGCCAGGCGAGUGCAAGAUAGGUAUCAUGCCGGGGUACAUCCACAAGCCGGGACGCAUCGGGAUUGUGUCUCGAUCGGGGACUUUGACGUAUGAGGCAGUGUUCCAGACGACGGCAGUUGGGCUAGGGCAGUCGACGUGCGUGGGGAUCGGCGGCGAUCCUUUUAAUGGAACGAAUUUUGUAGAUUGUCUUGAGAAGUUCGUGAAUGAUCCGCAAACUGAAGGAAUAGUGUUGAUUGGUGAAAUCGGGGGCUCUGCUGAAGAGGAUGCAGCUGCAUUCAUCAAGGAAAGUGGUACACAGAAGCCGGUGGUGUCAUUUAUCGCUGGUUUGACUGCUCCCCCUGGUAGGCGAAUGGGGCAUGCGGGAGCUAUCAUCUCUGGAGGAAAGGGGACUGCCACAGAUAAGAUUAACGCUCUGAGAGCAGCUGGUGUGACGGUGUGCGAAUCUCCUGCUCAAAUUGGAUCGACUAUGCUGAGGGUUUUCCAAGAGCGCGCCCUAAUUUGAUCUGCAUGCACACAAAUUAAAUUGGUGAACACUCUUGAUGGCGAUGAGCUACUUGAAGCACUUUUACUUUCACCUGGCACAUGAAAGCUAUGCGCUUACUGGCAUCUAAACUGAAUAAUCUUACUUUGGCGUACACUCUUGUGCUGUCACAUUACGAAGACUUUGUUGGUGUACCUCUCAGCUGAGCAUCUGCCGUAUUACUCAUCAAUAUUACUCUGAUACAUGAGAGUUGGUUAAUCACUUUCUAUUGAUGCGUUUUGAGGACAGUUGCAGUUGUCUCAGCUGUAUGUUUCUUCUGGGCCCAGCUUUUUGAUGUUCGAUUAUGUUAGCGCUAAGGUUGAAAUCUACGUCCACAGUCGCAGUUUUACAGUUAUUUGCAAAGCGCGUGCUGUUUUUGACUUGUAUAGUGGAUGAUUACUAGUUGGAAACGUGUUGGGAUUGCAGUA